UAUGAGGGGAGGCAGGGAUGGAGCCGCACUCGUGACAGCGGUGCCGAGCGCUCACGCGCAUCCCUCCUCCCGCCGAGAUGCAGCAGGGCCGGCCAUCCCUCUGCUGCGUCUCCACCAUCCGCAGCUCGCAGGGACCACCCGAGCCAGCCGCCGCCGCCGCCACCGCCCACUUCAGCUUCUGCCGCAGCCUCCUGGAGCACACGGUGUCGGCCGAAAACCUCAGCUACCGCCUGCAGCGGAACCCGGGCAGCAGCCUCACCUGGCACGACGGCCGGAGCCAGCGCCCCGACGGCGGCCGCACCGUCAAACUCCUGCGCCAGCCGGGCACCGAGGGCUCGCAGGGCCGUGGCUGUGACCACUAUGGCAUCUACCACACCAGCCCCACGCUGGGCAGCCUGGUCAAGCCGGUGGUGCUCUGGACCCAGCAGGAUGUGUGCAAAUGGCUGAAGAAACACUGCCCACACAACUAUCUCAUCUACGUCGAGGCUUUCUCCCACCACGCCAUCACAGGCCGGGCGCUGCUGCGGCUGAACGGGGAGAAGCUGCAGCGCAUGGGGAUCGCGCUGGAGGCGCAGCGGCAGGAGGUCCUGCAGCAGGUCCUGCAGCUCCAGGUGCGCGAGGAGGUCCGGAACCUGCAGCUGCUCAGCCAAGCUUCUUUUGGAAAUGUCUCCUAGCUGAUCCAUCUGUUUGGCAGAUUGCACCAACACUGUGAACCGAGCUCCGCUGGGAUGGGCUGUGCCCCGCAGAGACGAGACCUGAGCCACACGCUUGGAAUACGAAGAGACAGCUUCCCAGGCACUCCAGGGCUCCUCUCCUGCUUCUUCCUUCUCUUUCUUUCAGAGGAAUACAUUCCUGUGCAGGGAUGGAAUGUUUCUUCCAGCAGACAUGGUUCCUGGCUGAAGGAAAAUUAGCAAAGCAGCUGCUGGGACAGAUGAUGAACUUUCCCCCACCUGAGCCUGAUGGUUCACAGGGAAAGAGAUGGAAAAAAGGAGAUGGCAGCAGGCACGGCUCAGUACUGUGGAGAAAUGGAACGCAGUGAUUCCUGGGACAGCUCAGAGCCACGUGCAGGACACUGAAGCAUUUGCACAUGGGCAAUAUCCCAGCGCUCGGCAACUUGUAUCCGUGCCUCGGAGCUUAUUUAGGGAGCUUUAGUUUUCUCAUCAGACUGGGCUGUCUUCCAGCGUCCGAGGAGGUGACGUUAUCAGUAGCAAAUAAGACGAUCCAACCAGCCAAAAAAAUUCAAAGCGGGGCCAAGACCCCAGCAUCCGGCUCCACUUGGUGAGUUAAAAAUGGAGCUGAGUCAUCGGAGCUGGAAAAUCUGGAAGUAAAGGCAGGGUGGAUGCGCCGGGAGGGUGCCGUGGCCUGGAGGGAGCUGUGCCAGGAGCUGGUCCCUCAUCCACGGGCAGAGCGGGGAGCCCGUGCAGGGGCCAGCGGGAGCAGACGUGGAUGCUGCCAGGUGGUGCUGGGUGCUGCCCUGGGGUGAGGCUGGGGGAUUACUGGGUGCCAGGUCCCCCUCAGCCCCAACACCCAGCCCUGCUCCUCUCCGUGCUCCCAGCAGCUCUGAAGAGCUCUGCUCCACCAGGUGCUCAUCCUGACCUCCUGCCCAGGGUCUGGCGGUGGUGCCACCAAACCCAGGCGCCUUCCUGAUGACCUUCACCAUCAAUAAGGUGAAGGUGCUUGCUGUUACACCCCUCCACCCACUAAACCGCCCUGUCCAGAGCCACAGACUGCUCAUGUGGGCAGGUAAGGAACACCCAUGUGUAAAAUAGGAUUUGGGGGUGGGGUGGAUGCUGUCAUCUCCCCACGUUCCACCUGCAGUGAUGAGGGCAGGGCUGUGGAUCAUGGGGGUUCAAAAACACCAGCACCCCCAAAGUCCCUGGGGCACUGAGAUGUGGAGGCAGGUCACAGUGCCCCCCAGCCAGGCACCCACCCACCUGCUCCACUGCUGGUAAUAAAUUACAGACUGUUAUUUUAA